ACAUGAACUUCCUAAAGGAGGUUUGCAGCCAAAAAAAAACAGCUAUCUGGCUAUCUAUCUAAUUAGCUAGCUAACUGGCUAUCUAAUUCUAUCCAGUUAGCGACCUAGCUAGCUAGCAAUCUAUCUCACUGUCUUUCUGUCUCUACCUAUCUAGUAGUGAUGGGCCAUCUGAAGCCAGGCAUCAAGUGAGAAGUCUCUGUGGAAAGGAGCCAGGCGUUGGUUCUUCUAUGUGGUGCUCUCCCUGAUGUUGGGAGUUUUAGUUCUCUACAGCUGGUUCUCACCAUCUUGGAGGCCUUUGCUGAUUCAGAGCGAAGCCUCGUCACCAAGCGACAAGACGACAGUUAAAACUAUAUCCUCACAGUUCUAUGUGAAAUACCCGUACCAAUACCAUUUCAUACUGGAUGAGCCAAACCGAUGCCGACAGGAGAGCCCCUUCGUGGUGGUCAUGAUCCCAGUGGCCCCACAAAGCAAGGAGGCCCGUGACAUCAUUCGCAGGACCUGGGGAAGAGAGACUCGGGUGUUGGGCCGGUUGAUCAGCUACUACUUCCUCCUGGGAAAGUCUAGAAUAGGAAACGACGAAGAGCUACCCGAUGAACAGAUUUUAAAUGAAAGCAAGAAGCACCACGACAUCCUCCAGAGUAACUUCUUGGACAGCUACAAAAAUCUCACCAUUAAAACGAUGGUCAUGUUGGAGUGGCUCAGCUCCCACUGCCCCAACACCUCCUACGCUAUGAAGAUCGACUCGGACACCUUCCUCAACGUACACAACCUCGUCGACAUGCUGCUGAAAGCCCCCCGCCACGACUACAUGACGGGCCUGGUGGCGCGGGGCGCCGCGGUUCUUCGAGACCCAACCUCCAAGUGGUUUCUGUCGCCCGACGUCUUCCCUGAGGAUUCGUAUCCUCCGUACGCGCUGGGUGUUGGCUACGUCUUGUCCCUGGAUCUGCCCAAGCGGAUACUGGAAGCAUCCAAAAAGAUUCCGGCUGUCUACAUCGAAGAUGUGUACGUGGGUUUGUGCAUGAGACAUUUAGGGAUUCCGCUGACGGAUCCUCCACACAGCGGUUUGUUUGUCGUCAACAUGCCUUCAGAAAGGACGGGCUGCUACUUCGCCUCGGUCAUUGUCACGCUACUGCAGAACUCUGAGCAGAUUUUGGAUGUAUGGAAGACUUAUGAGACUCGACCAGACUGUUGGACCUUCAACGUUUCGUUGCAUUUUCUCCCAUGAGCACGUAUGGGAACGUAUGGGAACCGUGUUCCUGCUGGGGAGGAACACAGUUAGAACACCAGGUGGUGUAUCUCUCAUGAUAAACCUGAUGAUUUUCGUCAAACCUCACGUUUGUCAAACUGAAUCCGUUUGCAGGAGAUGGAAUGCAGUAGAGGUUUCGAAACUGUGUCCAACGGCUGUGCAAUUAUUUAACGGCUAAUUUAUUACUUUUUUAAAAAGAUUGUAUAAGUUGACAUGUUUUUCAAACUAUUACUGUUCCAACAUACCAAAGGAGAGCCCCUUGCAAGUGCACCUUUAUUUUUGAGUGUUUUCACAUUAUGCAGUGAACCAGAGUAAAACAAGGGGAAGAAUAAUAUCAGUGUGUUUCUGCAAGCUGUGCAAUAAACUUUUUUUUUUUAA